UCUGAGUUAUCAUUUCGCUUCGUUUUGGUUCAGACGAUACGGCCGAGUCCGCUCGCUCGGCUCGCUGCCAAUUAACCGAGUUAACUCACUGCAUUUCCCUGUCCAUUAUUAUUUUCUCUGGGUCCAAAAAAGAACCCUUUUUUCCUUGACAACCAAAAAAGAACGUUACUUUUAAUUAAUGGGGUUUUUUCCCCUUCUUUUAUUUAUUUCAUCCCCAAAAUAAAUGAAAAAAGAAAAAAAAAGAGUCAAUUACGAUCAGGAACCCUAGAACAGAACGAGUCGAGUUGAACCCAUUUCACCCAGAUAUUUCACUCGCGACUCACGAUUCCACCAGCGAUCCCACCAGCCCUUCUUCAAACUCCUCUUCUCUCUCUCUCUCUCUCUCUCCCUCCCCUCUCUUCCCUCUCUUCGCGCCCUUUAAGCCAAGAAUCGAACCCCUCUUUUAAUUCUCAGAAAGUAAAGAAAGAUUAUGAGCGUCGCCAAUAUGAGAAUGCCGGUGAAGCGACCGGAAAGAUUCUGAAAGGCCUUGAAAAUCCCACAUUCAAGAUAUUGAAGCUUUCUCUCUCUGCUGAUAGCAUCAACAUUUUAUGUGGUGCUUAGGAAGGAUGCCCGAGUCGAUAAAUGCUUAACUCAUCUCAGGUUUAACUGCGUUUACAAUUCCGCUAAGCUCAGUUAGAUUGAUCAAGAAGACCAGUGGAAUUUACCAUAGUGGUGUAUCGAUGAUGGCCCCAAUUCGCUCCUCUGGAUUUGUUGAUCCAGGCUGGGAGCAUGGAGUUGCUCAGGAUGAAAAGAAGAAGAAGGUUAAAUGCAACUACUGCGGGAAAAUAGUUAGUGGUGGCAUAUAUAGAUUGAAGCAACAUUUAGCACGAGUUUCAGGGGAAGUUACUUACUGUGACAAGGCUCCAGAGGAAGUAUAUCUGAGAAUGAGAGAGAACCUGGAAGGUUGUCGUUCCAAUAAGAAACCGAGACAAUCUGAAGAUGACGAACAAUCAUAUUUGAACUUCCAUUCCAAUGAUGACGAAGAAGAUGGUUUACAUGUUGCUUAUAGAAGUAGAGGAAGGCAACUAAUGGGAAGCAGGAAUAUUGCUGCUAACAUGACUACUCUAAGGUCACUAAGAUAUGUUGACCCUGGGUGGGAACAUGGUGUGGCUCAAGAUGAAAGGAAGAAGAAGGUAAAAUGCAACUAUUGUGAAAAGAUAGUUAGUGGAGGUAUAAAUAGGUUUAAGCAACACCUAGCCAGAAUUCCUGGAGAGGUAGCUCCUUGUAAACAUGCUCCAGAUGAAGUGUAUCUAAAGAUCAAAGAGAAUAUGAAAUGGCAUCGUACUGGGAGGAGACAUGGACAUACUGAUGCCAACGAAAUAUCAGCGUAUUUUAUGCAAUCAGAUAAUGAAGAUGAAGAAGAUGAAAAAGAGGAAUCCCUGCAUCAUAUUAGCAAAGAAAGAUUGAUCGACGGUGACAAAAGACCGAGCAAAGAUUUGAGAAGUACUUUCAGGGGAAUGUCCCCUGGUGGUGGAUCUGAACCAUCGGUUAAAAGAUCUAGGUUAGAUUCUGUUUUUCUGAAAACCACCAAAAGACAAACUGAACAGGUGCACAAACAAGCAUUAGUUAAAAGAGGGGCCAAUAGGAGGUCACGCAAAGAAGUGAUGUCUGCAAUUUGCAAAUUCUUUUGCUAUGCAGGAAUUCCUUUUCAAUCUGCAAAUUCUGUUUACUUUCACAAGAUGUUGGAGACAGUUGGUCAAUAUGGACCAGGCUUGGUUGGCCCUUCAUGUCAACUGAUUUCUGGUCGGUUUUUACAGGAGGAAAUUGCAACCAUUAAGAAUUACCUGGUUGAGUUGAAGGCCUCCUGGGCAAUUACUGGUUGUUCUUUACUGGUAGACAGCUGGAAGGAUUCAGAUGGUAGGACAUCUAUGAACUUUUUGGUUUCUUGUCCCCGUGGUGUUUACUUUGUCUCUUCAAUCGACGCCACUGAUAUAGUAGAAGACCCUUCAAACUUUUGUAGGGUGCUUGACGGAGUGGUAGAUGAAAAUGGAGGGGAAAAUGUGGUGCAGGUAAUUACUGAGAAUACUCCCAGUUAUAAAGCUGCUGGCAAAAUGCUCGAGGAGAAGAGAAGACAUUUAUUCUGGACUCCAUGUGCGACGUAUUGUAUUGAUCACAUGCUUGAAGAUUUUUUGAAAUUGAGAUCUGUGGAAGAUUGCAUGGAGAAGUGCCAAAAAGUUACCAAGUUUAUUUACAAUCGGAACUGGUUGUUAAAUGUCAUGAAGAACGAAUAUACCCAGGGGAUGGAACUUCUGAGACCCGCAGUUACUCAGAAUGCCUCAAGUUUUGCUACUUUGCAGUGCUUGCUGGACCACAGAGCUAGUCUACGGAGAAUGUUUAUCUCCAAUGAGUGGACUUCUUGUAGGUUUUCUAAAUCUGGUGAGGGAAAAGAAGUAGAGAUGAUUGUAUUAAAUGCUUCAUUUUGGAAGAAGGUGCAAUAUGUUUGUAAAUCUGUGGAACCAGUAUUGCAAGUUCUUCAAAAGGUUGAUUGUGUUCAGAGCUUGUCAAUGUCAUCUAUAUAUAAUGACAUGUACAGAGCCAAGUUUGCUAUAAAAUCCAUUCAUGAUGAUGAUGCCAGGAAAUAUGGACCAUUCUGGAAUGUGAUAGACAACAACUGGAAUUCUUUGUUUUGCCACCCUUUACAUAUGGCUGCUUAUUUCUUAAACCCAUCAUACAGAUAUCGUCCUGAUUUUGUGGCGCAUUCGGAGGUGGUUCGUGGACUUAAUGAAUGCAUAGUUCGGCUAGAGUCCGACAAUUCCAGAAGAAUUUCUGCAUCUUUACAGAUUUCUGACUAUAAUUCAGCGAAGUCUGAUUUUGGAACUGAGUUGGCCAUUAGUACAAGAACAGAGCUUGAUCCAGCUGCAUGGUGGCAACAGCAUGGAAUAAGUUGCUUAGAGCUGCAACAAAUAGCUGUUCGCAUACUGAGUCAGACAUGUUCAUCUUUGUGUUGUGAGCACAACUGGAGCCCAUUCGAUAAGGAACGCAGUCAAAGGCACAAUGGUUUGUCUCAGAGGAGAAUGGCUGAUAUGUUGUAUGUUCACUACAACCUGCGACUUAGAGAACGCCAACAAAGAAAGCGAUCCAGUGACUCUAUUUCUCUUGAUCAUAUUCUUACGGAACAUUUACUGGAUGAGUGGAUUGUGGAACCCCAGAAACAAGGCAUGCAGGAAGAUGAGGAAAUCCUUUGUCCUGGAAUGGAGCCACUGGAUGCGUAUGAGAAUGAUUUGAUUGAUUACGAGGACGGGACUUCGGAGGAGGGCCGGAAGGGUUGUCUUCAACUUGUUAGUUUGACUGAUGUAGAAACUUUGGAUGUCAAUCCUGCCAAUGGAGGCGCGUCGACCGACAAUGAUGCUGAUGUUAAGUUCUACGAUGACGAGCUAAGUGACUAAUACAGGUAUGCAACUUAACCUGACACUGUAUCAGUUUAUUGAAAUGAAAAAUGAGUUGAGUUCACCAGCCAUUGCCUGGCUCUAAGUGAUUUGUGGCUUAAAAUCUUUUUGCCUCUGCUAUCUACAACCCUGUAAUGGGUGCUUGUACAAUUAUAAAAGGUUCCUACCUUUUAUGAAAUCCAGACAGAAAAUUGUUCAAA